CCAACCAACAUCAUUUUUGUCAAUUCCACCCAUAUUAUCUCUCUAGGAAUCCACUUGGCAUAGCCCCUGGUUUUGCUUCUCCUUUAAAAGGCUCAUUGUUCUGUUCCAUGGGGACUAAAACUGAUCACACACCGAAACAUUAAUUUUUCCUUCUGGUUUUCGCACAACUUUUUAGAAUACAAACUGUUUUUUCCCUAUCCAUCCCCCACGGAUCCAUUUCAAACCACAACAAACAUGCUGUUCUUUUAGUCAGUUUUUUGUUGGGUUGAAUUUGAAGCAUCUCUGUGGGGGUAUGCUAUAAAUAUAGUUGCAAGGACACCACCAAUAUUAAUUAAUUAGUGGGUUUUGUUUUGUUGAGGCGGUGGUGGGUGACCGUGGGUCGAUGACAAUUGAGGCGGCGAUGGUGGAGCAGAGAAGGGAUAGGGAUGGGGUUGGGGAUGUUAGUAAGAUUAUUAAGAAGAGGAGAUGCAUAGUAAGAAGAACCAAACAGCCGGCACCGCCGGUUCCCAUGAUGGCGCUGCAGAGGCUGUUCGAAUCCUGUCAAGACGUGUUUAAAGGCCCUGGAACCGUUCCUACCUCUGCUGAUGUGCACAAAUUGUGUCACAUUCUUGAUAAUAUGAUGCCAGAAGAUGUUGGACUAAGUAAAGAUCUGCAGUUCUUUAAGCCUAAAGGUGUUGUCAAAGGGAUUCCAACAGUCUCAUACACAACCAUAUACCAGUGUGAACAUUUUUCGAUGUGCAUUUUCUUUCUUCCUGCUACUGGUGUCAUUCCCCUCCAUAACCACCCAGAAAUGACUGUUUUCAGCAAGCUUCUACUGGGAAGCAUGCACAUUAAGGCAUAUGAUUGGGUUGAUCCUGUCAAUUCUGAUAACUCCAAGGCGUCCUCUCAAUUGCGAUUGGCACGGUUGAAAGCAAACCGGGUAUUCACAGCUCCAUGCAACACUUCUGUACUAUAUCCAACAUCAGGAGGCAAUAUCCAUGCCUUCACAGCUAUAACACCCUGUGCAGUGCUUGAUGUGCUUGGACCUCCCUAUUCUAAAGAGGAUGGAAGAGACUGCUCUUACUACAAAGAUGCUCCUUACUCUGCUGUAUCAAGUAUUAAAAAAACUACUAGUACUGUAGCAAAAGAAGUGGGUGACUGUUACGGAUGGUUGGAAGAGAUUGAAAUGCCAGAAGACUCAGAGAUGUUUGGAAUUGAGUACAUGGGUCCGCAGAUUGUCGAGACUCGUUCCUAGCUGUCUGAGGACAACCAUUUUCGCUAAAUCUUUUUUGGAGUAGUUCCUUUUUGUGUUUAUACUGGUGCAUCAAACCUUGCUGUGUAGAUUCAAGAAUUUUAUAAA